AUGGUUGGCCAGCUUGCCGUAGCUGCGCCUUUGGUGGAUGCAGGAGGGCCCAAAACCGUUGUCGAGUUUCGGACUGUCAACAAGGUACAUGCCGUAAAGGCCGCUUUGGAAGAACGUGCGAACACCUGCCAGAAGAUUGCUCACACCCUCCGCACCAUUGGCACCAGCGCGGUCGCUGUCGUUUCUAUGUCAACAGGAUCGGAUCUGGCCGAGGUUGUCUGUCGACUUGCCGGCGGACUGAACUGCGAGGAUUGGGCAAAGGCGAUACGGCUCGGUUUCUUGCCGAUCUACUCAUACGCCUCUUACACCAGCGGGGCCGUACCCGAGACUGGUAUGAGACGCGAUAUUUACGGUGACUUUGGCAAUGUCAUGCUGCAGGGGUGGGAGAGUGCGUUCAUCGACAGCGGCCUGGUUUAUGCCUCCAUUGAGGUCUUGCCCCAUGAUGCCGAAGACGCAGCACUUGAGAGGCGCGACGGCGAUCCUAAACUCUUGACCCGGAUCCACUUCAGCGGCGUUGUCGAUAGCGAGACGGGCAGAAAGCACGAGAUUAUUGCUAACUACUUUGAGGGCAAUAAUACCGUCCUGCACCUGCCCGCAUUGGAACAGGCGGCCAUGGCCUCUCGGGAUCUCAGCAAGUGCGUGGGUGCUACUGGCUUUAAGAUUUCAUACACUACGCGCGCCCAAUCCCUUCUUACGCGCAGCCACCAGCAGGAGAUGUCGGGAUACAUUGCUUCUGCGUGGUCAAUUGCUGCAGAAAACUACCGUCUGGAAGACUACAUCGGGCUUGCCAAGACCGAUCACAAUGCGAACUUCUACUGGCGUAUCAUUCCCGAGCUCUACGGAUUCGGUCUGAACUAUGAGUCUGUAGACGUCUGCGGCGGUAUGGCCGGUUAUCUAUAA